UUGAUUUUCAGUUGAAAAUGUCAAAAGUUACCUGAACGCAGAUAUAUAGUGUUCUAAACAAUUGUACAAUAAAGUGUGGGGUAUAUUUGUUCUUCAGAUAUCAUUUUUAUUUCAUAGGCAGCAGAAUACAACAUCAAACGAAGUAAGAGAAGGAACUUCGUACGCACCUGGAUGCGCUUUAGAGGAGUGUCAAGAUAUAGAGAACAUACCAGCACCAAUCGUGGAACCUCCCUACAUACCUGUAGAAACAAUGCCUAUGACCAAAGCAAAAGAAAUAAUAUUUGACUUGGAAACAACUGGUUUAGCUAGAACAUCACAUAUACUACAGAUAGCAGCCAUCAAAGGAGAACACAACUUCAAUGAAUACAUACUUCCAAAAGCUCCAAUACCACCAAAAGUCAGAGAAUUAACUGGAAUCAGGAUAGAAGCAAAGAAAAUGUACCACCAUGACAAAGAGGUUAAAGCAGUGAAUAUAACAACAGGUCUAACAAGCUUUUUGGAUUUUUUGUCGAGCAACAAUAGUACUAGUGUGGUGUUAUUUGGUCAUAACAUAAAGAAAUUUGAUGUUCCUGUCCUUUUUCAUGCAUUACUUUCUUGUGGAAUCAUGGAAAAAUUUGUUGAACGUGUUGAUGGAUUUGUCGACACUCUUCCAUUAUUCAAGCUUGUGGAGCCAGGUCUCAGCUCUUAUUCUCAGACUAAUUUAUUCAAGCAUCUACUGGAUGAAGCAUACGAGGCUCAUGAUGCUCUGCAGGAUGUAAUAGCUUUACAGAGACUUUUAUGUCACUCAAACCCUACAACUGCUGACAAGGUAAAAAAUUCUUUCUCACUUGCAUCAACAUUGGAGCGGUUUCUUCAUUGUCAACAAUCAAAGCCCUGUGAGAGCAGUCUAUCACCCCUUCUUCAUCAGAAAAUUAUAACAAAGAGAACAGCCUCUAAGAUAGCAAAUAGUGGCCUUUGUUUCCAACACUUACAAUUGGCUCAUACUAGAGAAGGACGGCAAGGAAUAGAGGACAUUUUGAAAGAACAGUUUCGUGGAAAACCCAGAGUAACAACUUCUAAGAGGAUCAUAGAUGCCAUUGCCGAUUUUUUUCAAAAUGCUCUUGCUGAAAGUUAGAUCACAUAUUAUUACGGUAGUUCCUAUUUAUAUGUGCAUUGACUGACCGUAAUUGAAUUUGUGUAUAUUAACAUUGGCAUACUAUAUAUUCACAUCAGAGCGAGGGAUAUACUAUUGAGCAUUGGCUCACAGACUUCUUGUUCAUUUUCAUUGGAAUGUGAUAUCAACAAUGUUACUUAUGUUGAUACAAUUAUUUUCAAUGUUUCCAAUACUUUUAUUGUCUGUAGUCAAACUUGUGUUUUGAUUCACAUUUCCUAUGUUUUCCAGUACAUGAAAUAUUGGAAAAUAUUGGGAAAAAACUAAUGCUGCCUAGUAAGCUCAUCAUGCAACAUAUGAAAUAAUUGUUUCACUCUUUUUUCUGAAACUUAGACAAAUUCAUUGAUUUCUGUUAUAUUCUAUGAGAAACCUAUGCAUUUUUUAUUUCAAUUACUCUGCAUGUUGUAAAAUAUGUGAUAACAAUUCAUAUUUUUCAUAUUUCAUUGUGUCGAAUCAUUGGACAAUAUUGGUGGCUAUAAUUUAUGGAGAACAUAUUUAAUUAGACCCUAACUUCUUUUUAUUUUACAAAUGAAUGUUGUUCAACUAAUUUAUAGUUCAUAAAAUAUUGUACCAUGUUCAUUUUCCAUUUAAAUUUUUUUAUUGAAUUGUAAAUGAGACAAUUUUAGAGCAGUUGUAAACAUGAUAAUUUUACAGAGAAAAACUGAUCAGAGGAAUUUCGGGUUAAAUAUUUUCAAAAUGGUUCCACUCUUUUUUCUGAAACUUAGAUAAAUUGAUUGAUUUUUGUUAUAUUUUAUGAGAAACCUUUGCAAUUUUUAUUUCCAUUACUCUGCAUGUUGUAAAAUAUGUGAUAACAGUUCAUAUUUUUCAUAUUUUAUUGUGUCGAAUCAUUGGACAAUAUUGUUGGCUAUAUGCAUGGAGAACAUAUUUAAUGAAACACUAACUUUUUUAAUUUUACAAAUGAAUGUUGUUCAACUAAUUUAUAGUUCUUUAAGUAUUGUACCAUGUUCAUUUUCCAUUUAAUUUUUUUUUAUUGAAUUGUAGAUGACAAUUUUAGAGCAGUUAUAAACAUGAAAAUUUUGCAGAGGAAAGCUGGUCAGAAGAAUUUCGGGUUAAAUAUUUUCAAAAUGGCUCCACUCUUUUUUCUGAAAUUUGGACACAUUGAUUGAUUAUUGUUAUAUUUUAGGAAAAUAUAUUGUUUUUUCUGUUUCCAUUACUCUGUCUGUGCUUUAUAAUUUGUUUAAGAUCCACAACUUGUGUAUUUUGGUGAGAAAAAUUUGACGUCAUGGGUGGUGCCACAAGUUAAGUUAAGAUUUUUUUAAUAACUUUUUUAUUGAUUCAAUUUUUAGAACAGAUGUCCUAUGUUUAAUAAAAAUAAACAUUUAAAAUUUUUACAUUUUCUUUGACCUAUUUUUUUUAGUUUGAAGAUUGACUAUAUUUUUAAGGAAAAUAUUACACAGAGUUACCUCCCUUAGUUUGGCAACCACUAGAGGGCAAACGGCUACACUCUUUUUUUUUAUAUUAUAAUCAUGCAUUGUUUAUACAUAUAUGUAUCCAUUGAUACCAAAAUUAUUUGUUUUCCAUUACUUUGAUUUCACACUCGUACUACCUUA